UCCUCGCUCAAACUCCAAACCCUAAUCCCCUUUUCCACCCACGUUAGGUUUUCAUCGUCUCCGCUUUUUUCUCUUUGGGCCAAUUAAUUCUAAUAGCCCACAAUUGUUUCUUCGUCUUCUGUUGUCGCAAUUCAAGAGGGGUUUCUAGGCCGAAGAAAGAUCCCCCGAUAAUUGAUACAUGUUUUUUGGGGAAAAUUGCUGCCGUAGAUUCGCCGGAGCCGAGCGCCGCCGACGCUCCUGUUUAUGGCGUCUGCUGUGUUAGCGAGCCAGAAUGACUCCGGCUGGGGCCACAUGGGAAAAACUCCAUAUUCAAAUCCUCACCUAAACGCAAACCCUAACCCUAACCCCAAGAAAAAGCAAAAGCAAUUCCAUCACGCUGCCGCUAACGGCGUUGUCGGCCGUUACCACAACAACGUUGAUUCCCCAGCUGUCACGCAGACAGCCUCCGAUGACGCCUAUUCUUUCAACCAGACUUCCACCAGCCGUAACGGUGUUAAUUACGGAGGCUACUUGACCUUCAAUGUUGCCUCAUACACGAAAUCGGAGCUCCUUGAACUCCGCAAACGCUUGGCUGCGGAGCUUGAUCAGAUCCGGGAUUUACGGGGUCGAAUUGAAUCGGGUCAAUUCAACACUGUUGAAAACCCGAGAUCUCAAGCGAAAUCGAAGAAAUUCACUGGAAACAAGAGGCCCGUUGCAGUGGUUGGAUCUGUUUCCAAGAAAAUUAGCAACGGGUAUCAGAAUGGAACUUUGGACGGCGUUAAUUUUGAGGGUUUGUUGAAGGAAUGCAUCAAAAUUGUGGCCAAAUUAAUAAAGCACAAGUACGGGUAUGUUUUCAAAACGCCUGUGGAUGCGGUGGCCUUGGGGCUUCACGAUUAUCACAUGAUUGUGAAGCGUCCCAUGGAUCUGGGUACUGUGAAGGCGAAUCUCGCCAAGAAUAUGUAUCCUUCUCCUAUUGAAUUUGCAGCUGACGUGAGGUUGACUUUUAACAAUGCCUUGUUAUACAAUCCUAAGAGCGAUCCUGUUAAUGGGAUGGCAGAUCAGAUGUUGGCUCGAUUUGAGGAAUUGUUUAGGCCGAUACAGGAGAAGAUUGAUAAAUUGGCCCACCGGCGGAGGGAGAAGGAGUUCCAUGUGUUUAGGGAUAAUGAUGAGAUGCAGUUCCGGAGUGUUGAGGAAUUACAAGGUAGUUCCUGGAAUGAUCAUAGUAAUCAGAUCAAUGCCUCUCCAAUGAGAGGGAAGAAGGCAAAGCCAAAAGCCAGUCCUGUUCCUGUUGCACAGGUGUUCAAGAAGCCCGAUAGAGUGCCAGCACCAAUGCCAGCUCACUCAAGUGCGUCAACGCCAUUGAAUCCUCCUCCCCCUUCAACUAAUCCGCCACCAGUGUUGCCAGAGCAAUUCCCUGCUUCUCCUGUGAGAGCUCCUGCUUUGCCAGCUAAGGAACAAAAAGUUGGGAGGGUAGGACCGACAGUGAAACUGCCCAAGCCAAGAGCAAAGGACCCCAAUAAAAGAGAAAUGAGUAUGGAAGAGAAACAAAAGCUAGGAAUUGGGUUGCAGAGUUUACCUCAAGAAAAGAUGCCUCAGUUGGUACAGAUUAUAAGGAAGAGGAAUGAGCAUUUGGCCCAAGAUGGUGAUGAAAUUGAGCUAGACAUUGAGGCUCUUGAUACGGAGACGUUAUGGGAGUUGGAUCGUUUUGUGACGAAUUGGAAAAAGAUGGUGAGUAAGACUAAGCGGCAAGCGCUGAUGAUGAAUAUGAAUCCAGCUGCUGGAGCUGCUGGUCCUACCAGUCCUGUGGCUGAAACUGACAUGGGUUCAAUGAGUGACAAAAAUGAUGAGUCGGGAAAGAAACUGAAGGAGAAUGAUGAUGAAGAUGUAGAUAUUGAUGAUGAUAUGCCGGCAACUAGCUUUCCUCCUGUGGAGAUUGAAAAGGAUGAAGGGACUGGUGGAGGAGGUAUUGUUGGUCAAGAUCAUGAACAUGAUGACCGCGGCAAUGCCAGCAGUAGCUCAAGCAGUUCUGGCAGCUCAAGUAGUGAUUCGUCCUCCUCCAGUGAUUCUGACUCUGGGAGUUCUUCUGGGAGCGACUCAGAUGCAGAUGAUGCACAGUCCUGAGACAUUCUUGCAGCAAUCUGCUAAGAUUCGGGCAUCAUUGAUGGACUUUGAACUGGGUCCCUUGUGUUGUUCUAUUAGAUAAUCAUUUCUGUUGAUGAGGUAUAUCAAAUGGUCUUGUUGUCCAUUCUAAUUUCACUUUCAUUUCUUUGUCCUGCCACAAUCCACUGAAGCUUUGGAUCCUCUUUUGCAGAGGGUGGCGAAAGCAAGCUUGAUGUGCUGGUUGAUGGUGAAUUAUAGAGCUUGAUCAAUUAUAUGUAAGAUAUAUAAUCAGAUGGUAGGGAGCCAAAUAUAUUUGGAUUUGGCUGUGCUUGUCAAUCUUGAAAUCAAGUGUAGCUAAGCGAAUGUAGAUAGGUAGCCUGUUCCCUGUACAGUUUUACAACAGAAGUAGUGGCUAAAUUUCUAAUGAAACUAAAAUUGCUUUGAGCUGUGAUACGACUUCUUUUCCCAUCUCUUUUAUAAUCUCAAGAUUGUAAAGCACUUGUGGUUUAGGUUGGGAACAAAGUGAAGGAGGACGGUUGGGCAAUAAGGUUGCUAAGCAGCCUUGUGUUGAUUUUGGAUUGAAGAAAGCAAAUAGCUGCUGGCUUUUGGAUCAGUGUACGGCGAUUGCUUGCUAUUUAACAAUAAUAAUAAUAGGAAAGAUGGCCCUCUGUUCUUUAGUGUAGUGUAGUUUCUGCAACGCAAAGGUGAAAAGAGCAAUUGACAUUUGUACUUCAUUUGCCAGAAAGAGCAAUUGUUUAUUUAUUAUUGUGUAGGCCUAGUGCCCACAUGUUGGGUUUAUUGUUGUGCUUUGGCCCACAUGUCGGUUGUCAUUUUUGGGUUGGGAGAAACCAUUGAUGAAUCAUUGGUUUCUUUUAAGGGCAACUUGGUACAUUGAUUGUUUACAAGCAAAAGACAGGCUUAUUGUAUGCGACGUGAUGAAAAUUGAUUUUA